AUGCCUCGUUUGGAACUUUGUGGGGCCCUAGAAGCAGCGCAACUCUAUCAGAAGGUCUGUUCCGCUCUUGGGUCGACGUUCACAACCUUCUUCUGGGUCGAUUCCACAACAGUGUUGGCCUGGCUUAAGGCUACCCCGUCGGUAUGGACUACGUUUGUGGCAAAUAGAGUAUCCAAAAUCCAGCUUGCAACGGUGGACACCUCCUGGAACCAUGUUGCAGGGCAACAGAACCCUGCAGACCACAUCUCUAGAGGCAUCGAGGCAGGAACGAUUCUCUCGUGCGACCUUUGGUGGAAAGGUCCGCAAUGGCUACAAUCCGAACCAGCGUUCUGGCCUGUUAACCAGCUUGACCAAUCGUUUGAGACGCAACUUGAAUCUCGACAGUCCCCGAUAAAACUUCUGGCAUCAACAGCAGACCCUUUUUUCAUUGAUCUUUUCGUCGAAAGAUUCUCAUCCUUCCAACACAUGCUUCGCGUAGCAGCAUUCUGUUUACGGAUUUCUUCGAACCGCAAACAAUCGAAGCUCACCACCAUUCUUUCUACGACCGAAAUCCAGAAUGCUGAAUUCGCCCUCAUUCGAUUAGUCCAGCACCAAGAAUUCGCCAGUGAAAUCAACGCGCUACGUGACUCAAAAUCAAUCCCAAUCAAAUCACGGCUCCGAUGGUUUACUCCAUUCUUGGAUCCCAAUGGAGUUAUGCGAGUGGGUGGCCGGCUUGAUAGAGCAUCAAUGACCUACGACAGCAAGCACCAGAUCUUGCUCCCAUAUCACCAUCGUUUUUCAACCCUACUCGUCCAAUGCUACCAUGAACGAAACUUGCAUGCGUCACCACAACUACUCGUCGGACUUCUUCGCCUACGAUAUUGGAUCAUAGGGGCCAGGAAUCUGGCCAAAGUCACCGUACAUCGCUGCACCAUUUGCUUCCGAGCUCGCCCUAAAUUGGUGGAACAAUUUAUGGCUGAGCUACCCAAGGAACGGAUCACAGCCACUCGUCCAUUCAAGGUAACGGGGGUUGAUUAUUGGGGCCCAAUCCUGCUGAAGCAUCCGCAUCGUCGAGCCUCACCUUAUAAGGCAUUUGUUGCAGUCUUCGUAUGCUUUUGUACAAAAGCUGUACACAUCGAGCUGGUGCUCGAUUUGACGACAGCUAAAUUUAUUCAAGCUUUGCGCCGAUUCGUAUCUCGCCGGGGUCCACCUUCUGACAUCUACUCGGACAACGGUCGUAACUUUCUCGGAGCCAAGAAUGAGCUUAAGAGACUUAUUCGUUUGUCAGAAUACUCACAAAAUGUUGAACAAGAGUGCUCAGAGUGCAAGAUAAGAUGGCACUUCAAUCCACCAAGGGCUUCCCAUUUUGGAGGAUUAUGGGAAUCGGCCAUUAAUUCUGCCCAGAAGCACUUCAUUCGCAUCGUUAGAGAUCGACCUCUGUUUUUCGACGACAUGCAGACUCUUCUGUGCCAAAUUGAGUGUUGUCUUAACUCCAGACCGCUUGUCCCUUUGAGCGAUGACCCAACAGAUUACGAGCCGCUAACACCAGGACACUUUCUUGUUGGCACUUCAAUAAAAGCUGUCCCCGACGAAGAACUCAUCGAAACACCGUUCCAUCAUUUAAAAAGGUGGCAUCAAACCCAAAAAUUGCUCCAGGACCUGUGGCGACGAUGGCACCUAGAAUAUUUAAACAUUUUACAACCUCGAAGCAAAUGGGUGCACUCACCUGUAACAAUCAAGGAGAACCAGCUCGUUGUUUUGAAGGAAGAGAACAUCGCACCUAUGAGCUGGCCGACCGCUAGAAUCAUCGAGACCCAUCCAGGAAGCGACGGAAUAGUCAGAGUGGUCACUCUGAAAACAGCUAAGGGUUCCUUCACACGACCGGUGUCUAAGAUCUGCCUGCUGCCAAUUACACCAUCGCCGGAAACUUCAAUCAAAACAUCCGGCGCUGGGCAAUCAACACCAGACGAGAAUCUUUCUUGA